UUCUGGCUCAUAAGCUCCUUAGCCACCAGAUUUCCAGUAAAGCCUGCAACCAAUUCUCCUUUCUGAAGAAGCUUGAAACAAGCAUCCGAAUCAGUUUCUAUAGCCACUCUUCUGUAAACGUCUCGCAAAAAUCGAUCACCAAAAUAAGGUGUACACAAUUGUUUAAGAGCAGGAGAUGCAAAACCCUAGUCGCGGAGAUGGGGAAAAUUUUCGCAUUCGAAGACUGGAGAUUGCAGACAAAAGCAAGGGCUUUCUCCAACUGUUAAGUCAAUUGACUGUGUGUGGUGCCGUGUCGGACGAAGAAUUCAAGGAGAGGUUUGAAGAAGUGGCCAAAUACGGGGAUGACCAUGUGAUAUGCGUGAUCGAAGAUGUCCGAUUGGGGAAAAUUGUUGCGACUGGGAGUGUUUUUGUGGAGAGGAAGUUCAUCAGGAGCUGUGGGAAAGCUGGUCACAUUGAGGAUGUGGUUGUUGAUUCCAGCGUCCGUGGAUUGCAAUUGGGGAAGAGGGUUGUUGAGUACCUGGUGAAUCAUGCCUGUUCAGUGGGGUGUUACAAGGUCAUUCUUGACUGCACUGAGGACAACAAGCCAUUCUAUGAGAAAUGUGGGUUCAUGAAAAAGGCGGUUCAGAUGGUGAAGUACUUCGUUUGAUUCAUUUUUUUUGGUGUCAAGGGAAACUCUAUUCACUAUCUGCGGGUGUGUAUUAGUGUAUAUUGGGUAAACCCGUCUUUUGACCCUAAUCGGGCAAAGGACAGGUAUAGCUGACGGCUCAAAUCAAGAAAGUUGGGAUUCGAACUUAUAAGUUUGGCUGUGGUUAUCCCCAACUUCUUUUGAUUUAUUGUUUCUUACACAAAAUGCUAGAUGAACUCAAAGUUGUGCACUUAUUGCUCCAUGGUUUUGUAGUCCUUCAUAUUCAUCAACCCCAUUAAAGGAAACAUCAUAAGUGCA